AUGCCCAAAGCUGCAGCAGGCGCGUCGUCCGUAAAGCCUCUCUCGGGCCUUUUUGCUAUUGCCAAACCAAGCGGCCCUACGUCCAUGCACAUGCUGGAUGAACUUAAGACCCUAUUGGCAAGCUCGUCCUUAUUCUACCCACCUGACGCGCCGCCUCCUUUUUCUGCCGCAGCGCGCAACACAAAACGCGCCAAACCAUGGGAGCGCGCGCUGCUAAAGAAAUGCGGCCGCUUGCCGCCCAAGAUAGGCCAAGGAGGCACACUUGAUCCCCUUGCCGAAGGUGUGCUGGUCAUCGGGAUUGGAGACGCGACCAAGCGACUCCAAGACUUUUUGCACUGCACAAAAGAAUACCGCGUCACGGGCUUGCUCGGCACCUCCACGACCUCCUAUGACUCGCAGGAGCCAGUGCUGCAGCAUGCACCGCACCAUCACGUCACGGCAGAGCUUGUACGCGCGAGACUUGCGAGUUUCACAGGCGCCGUGCAGCAAAUUCCGCCGCUGUACAGUGCACUGCGCAUGGACGGCAAGCGUCUUUUUGAGUACGCACGCGAAGGAGUUCCUCUGCCGCGGCCCAUUGCACCGCGCGAUGUGCAUAUCGAGGCACUUUCCCUGCUCGAAUGGCUUCCGCACGACACGCACGACUACAAACCGCCCGCAGACCAAGUGCCUGCAGAAGAUGUUGCGCUGUUUGCCAAGGUGCGGGACAUGGCAGGGCGCAGCCAUGCACUGGACACUGUCAGCGACAGUGCGCCGUUGGCGCCUGCGACUCCGCCACACAUGGGCAGCGACGUGCCGCCGGCAGCAUUUACACUCGAAAUGACCGUAUCGUCGGGCACGUAUGUACGCUCGAUUGUGCACGAUCUCGGCGCUGCUUGUGGGAGUGCUGCGCAUGUUGUGCGGCUUAUUCGCACACGCCAAGGCAAGUUUGCACUCGGUGAAGCGCACGCGGAAAAUGAAGGGGAUGUGCAUGCACCGCCAUCGUCGCAUACGGCUAUUCCUUGGCACAUCUUUGAAACUGGACUUGAAGAGCUUGCGGCGGCGCGUACAGAUGGCACGCGUAUCGAUGCGCGCGAUGCACAGGGCUUGUGUGCAUGGGAGCGCGCGAUUUUGGAACAGUAUGUAUACACCAUCUUCUAA